UGGUCAUCUCCUGUACUGUGUCCGCAGUCUCUGGUCAUCCCCUGUACUGUGUCCGCAGUCUCUCUGGUCAUCCCCUGUACUGUGUCCGCAGUCUCUGGUCAUCCCCUGUACUGUGUCCGCAGUCUCUGGUCAUCCCCUGUACUGUGUCCGCAGUCUCUGGUCAUCCCCUGUACUGUGUCCGCAGUCUCUGGUCAUCCCCUGUACUGUGUCCGCAGUCUCUGGUCAUCCCCUGUACUGUGUCCGCAGUCUCUGGUCAUCCCUGUACUGUGUCCGCAGUCUCUGGUCAUCCCCUGUACUGUGUCCGCAGUCUCUGGUCAUCCCCUGUACUGUGUCCGCAGUCUCUGGUCAUCCCCUGUACUGUGUCCGCAGUCUCUGGUCAUCCCCUGUACUGUGUCCGCAGUCUCUGGUCAUCUCCUGUACUGUGUCCGCAGUCUCUGGUCAUCUCCUGUACUGUGUCCGCAGUCUCUGGUCAUCUCCUGUACUGUGUCCGCAGUCUCUGGUUCAGAAUUUUUUUUUCUUGUUUUUCUCCUCUAA